AUGCCCAAGGACGCGAACAUUCUUAGUGUUGAGUCGUGGCGCAAAGUCGAAGACUACGUACUUGCCACGAAUUCAGAUGUGGUGCAUGAAUUGACAUUCUCAAAACGUCAGCAAUGCCGUCCAUGGUUCUGGCCUCCAUUGGUCACUCUAAAAACAGCCCCACGUGAAACAAAACUGUACGACAAGGGAGGCCAGGCUGAGGAGGCUCAACAACCAAUAUUAGGCUUUAGGCAUGGCAUUACUUCGGUUGGUGUUGACGCAAGUCACAAGCGGAUGAAACACUAUGCGAAGCUCAACGACUUAGCCUUUUCGACAGGCAAAAGGAUUCCGGAAUCACUUCUUUACAAUCGAUACCAAUAUCAAAUUUCCAGCCGAAGCCUAUUCAACGGCUAUAACACGCUUAGACCGAUGAAUUCUUCACUCAUUCCACCUGACUCAAAGCUGGAACUUGGGUUUGCUAAUGGAACGCUACCCGAGCAUGGAACCAUAUGUGAGCCAGACAUGAAGGUGUUCAAAUUCCUAAAGCAGAUUUUAGUGAGCCACUGGGAACGAGGCGCUUGGUGCAGGAGACUUGAGAAAAGAACUAAGAGGGGACUUCUGGUACGAGCAGUUAUUGUCCGCAAAUAG